UUCCCCGGCGCCCGGAACAUUGAAAGAGCGGAACCUCGUUGUUGCAGCGCGGGCGCGGCGGACGAUGGAGCGGUCGCGCGGGCCGCUGGCCGAGGCCGACGCACCCGGGGAGGAGGAGGAGGAGGUGGGAACGGCCAUGGCUGCCGUGGUGGCGGCGGCGGGUGGCGCGGGCCCGGCCGUCUUGCAAGUGGCCGGCCUCUACCGCGGCCUAUGCGCAGUGCGCACUCGCGCCCUGAGCCUGGGGCUCGUGUCAGCCGCGCAGCUGCGCGUGUUCCCGGUGCGCCGCAGCUCCGGCCGGCCCGCCGGGGGAGCCGACGGCAGCGGGGUCGGGGACGAGCUUGAGGCCAACCCCUUCUACGACCGCUACCGCGACAAGAUCCAGCAGUUGCGCAGGUCUGACCCAGCUGCUUUUGAGUCCAGACUGGAGAAGCGCAGUGAGUUUAGGAAGCAGCCAGUGGGGCACUCCAAGCAAGGUGACUUUAUCAAAUGUGUGGAACAGAAGACACUGGGGAAACAGCCUGUGAGCAGAGGAUUCACUAAGGACAAGACUCUCAGUUCAAUCUUCAACAUUGAGAUGGUGAAAGACAAAACUGCAGAAGAAAUAAAACAGAUUUGGCAGCAGUAUUUUGCAGCAAAAGAUACAGUCUACGCAGUUAUUCCUAAAGAAAAGUUUGAUUUGAUUUGGAACCGGGCUCAGUCCUGCCCAACAUUUCUCUGUGCACUACCAAGAAGGGAAGGUUAUGAGUUUUUUGUCGGGCAGUGGACAGGUACUGAACUCCACUUCACUGCACUUAUAAAUAUUCAGACCCGAGGGGAAGCUGCGGCCAGCCAGCUGAUUUUAUAUCACUACCCUGAACUUAAGGAAGAAAAGGGCAUAGUGCUGAUGACAGCAGAAAUGGAUUCCACAUUUCUGAAUGUUGCUGAGGCACAGUGCAUGGCCAACCAAGUUCAGCUCUUCUAUGCCACGGAUCGAAAAGAGACCUACGGGCUAGUGGAGACCUUUAACUUCAGACCGAGUGAGUUCAAGUAUAUGUCUGUCAUCGCGGAGCUGGAGCAAAGCGGACUUGGAGCCGAACUGAGAUGUUCUCAGAGCCAGGAUAAGACUUAGGGAUGUCAGGUUGGCUUACAGAGUUUUCUGCUCAGUCCUGGAUAGUCCUGAGUCUACCCACCCCUUGAACUCUCGGAGGCUCAGUAUCUAUAAUGAGCCGUCUCUAAGGAGUCGCCCUGUGCGCUUAUUUGCAAGAAGUAACGUGGAGGUGAGCCCUGUUACUUGAUAUUCAGGAACAAAGAUACCCAAACAUUCUGAUAACUAUCUCCCGACAUACUUGAAGUUUCCUUUUCAAGUGUUUGAGGUCACAUCCAGAGACAAUCAGGGAUCCACAGGAUGGUUGACUUAAUUUUAUGCACUGUAGGAGUGUAUUUGUUCUCUGGCCAUUUUGACUGCACAGCUCUAAUAAUUAGUUCCUCACCUUUAUAAACUGUGACAGGAUAAUAAGCUUGAAGACCUGCUGUAGUUAGACGUGGUCUUUGCAUACUCUUCCCACUUGGCCAACUAAAGGCGUAACCCAGUUAGACCCUCGAACAACCACAUAUUGCCAUCAGGAUUAAGAGUCUAUCUAGAUGCUCCCAGAAUUGCUGGUGGUAUUGUUUGGAGUAUCAGCAGUUUUCAGGUAUAUUAAACACACAGGUACAGUGCCUGCUGCCUGCAUAUUUUUAAACCAUAAUUUGUGACACCUGCUUCUCUAACUAUUCUGCCUGUUGGAAGCUGUGUAUUUGGAGGGGCUGAAUUGGUGCAGUAUAAAUAAAUCAACUAUUUUGUAAAGAGAGGAUCAAUCCAGAUUUGCUUUUUGUUUUUUAAACAACUCUAAAACCAUGCCAGUAUUAUAUUAAUAGAAAAGGAAGCAAAUGUACCCUAUUGUGUGUGGGGGAAAAUAAAGUCUGGCUUAUAAUCUUUGUUACACUAAAUAGUGAAAUCUAAGCUCUGUGCUGUCCAUUGUGUCUGUACUGUGGGCUGAUCUCAUCAAAACUGAUCUUGGGACUCAGCCAGUUGCUUAAAAUAACAGGAAAAAAAAAAAAAGAAGCUGUC